CUUUCAUGACGUCACCCAUUUUCCGGCCACGUCCAGCCGAUAAACAAAAACUUCUCUGCCGAUUCGGCAGCCGAAUUCUACGAAUAUAAUGUGCUGGUGAGGCAUGCGGUGGGGCGGACGCGUUUCGGAGGCCGUGCUGGGGGCGGCCCUGCUAUUCGGGCUGCUGGCGGCGGUGGCGGAGGCGGUCGAACUCACUUUCGAAUUGCCAGACAACGCCAAAGAGUGCUUUUUCCAGGAGAUCACCAAAAACACCACGGCAACUUUAGAAUUCCAGGUGGUGACUGGUGGUCACUAUGACGUGGACAUAAUUCUAGAGGCGCCAAACAAAGAGGUCCUCUAUCGAAAGGUGAAGACGCAGUUUGACAGUCACACAUUCACCGCCCCCAUGGACGGUGUGUACUCGGCCUGCUUCAGCAACGAGUUUUCCACCUUCAGCCACAAGCUCGUCUACAUGGACUUUUCAGUCGGAGACGAGCCUGCUCUACCUGGAGUUGGCGAGCACGCCACAGUCAUUACACAGAUGGAAUCCUCAGCGCAGGAGAUUCACAAAAGUCUGAACAGCAUUGCCGACUACCAGACACACCACCGGUUACGAGAGUCGCAGGGUCGAAAGCGGGCCGAGGACUUGAACGCUCGCGUGCUAACCUGGUCUGUUUGUGAGACUGUCGCUGUGGUUUUUUGCGCCAUCGGCCAGGUGCUCAUCCUGCGCAAUUUCUUCACCGAGCGCCGCCCGUACUCCCAAUUAAACUAAAUUUUAAUUUAUUUGUUCUGAACGUCAGUUUUAUUAUUUUCUUUUCCAAAUUUAUUAAUUUGGACAUCUGCUUCACAAGAAAUGUUUCUAUCUCAAAUUUAACUAUUUUCGGUCGAAUAAAGCUUUCUUGAGAGCGACCCAAAGUUAGAGAAAAAUUUCUCUAUCCGAAAUCACCUAAAUUCUAUUUGAAAAUAAAUACGUUCUGGAAUGUGUCAUGCGAAAAGUGCAGUUGAGGAAUGUUUCUUGAAAUUUGGUUGAUUGAAAGGUCUGAUUCAGGUGUGCACUGCAAACUGUUUACUUGGCCAGGAAUUUGUGCCUGCCCCUUUGUCAAACGUGUCGUCAGUGUAAAUGUGUUUUUGAUUCCAUACAUAUUAAUUAUGAUUCUAUAAAUGUGUUGUAAUUUUAUUUUAGUUCAAGUGUUGAGUUUUUGUUAAUGGCGCAGAUUUUCAUUAAAUUAAAAAGAAAAGAAUGUAUUAUUGAGCUCUAGAAAUUGACACAAAAUCUAUAUUGAGGAGUUGUGAGAAUUUCGUCAAUAAUAACCAUUAUUAUUGCCUGAAAAUAAAUAUCAGUUUAUUAUUACUUGGUA